UGAGACACUUGUUGGGUGACAGAAUAAAUGAUUCUUUUAAGAAAACAGGCGACAUAAUUUCAAAAAACAGAGAGCAGAUUCAAGUGACUUUUGUUACUAAGCAGUUACAUUAUAUAUAUUUUGUCGUAUUGAUAGCCAAAGGAGAUGGUAGUCUCGAGAGAGAAGACCAGUACAUCUGCUGUUAUUAUUUUUGCGUUUUUGACGAUUGCCAUUGUCCACGAAGCAGAACUAGCAAGUGAAUUCUUCGUGGAGACUAUAUGCGAUGGUGAACCGGCAAGGACUCUAACCUGCCCGAAGCAAAACGUCUUAUCUACGAUUUGGGCGAGUUAUGGACGGCAGCAUAAUGACAUCUGCAUUGACGGUGAGCAGCUUAUCAACGUCACUUGCAAAGUCGACUUUGACACCGUGUUGUCCAUGGUGCAGGAGACUUGCGACGAUUCUAAUACCUGUGAGCUGGAGUCGAGCAAAGAUGCGUAUGGAGAUCCUCCAGAAUGCGCCGGAGUAAAGAAGUACUUACAAGUUUAUUACCUCUGCAAGUCAGAGAUGAUUAAAAAAUCCAUUUGCGAGUUCAAUCCACCGGAAAAUAUUACAUGUCCGGAGACACAAACUAUACAAGUUGUCGAUGCUAACUACGGAAGAACAGAUAAAUGGACAUGCGGAGGACAACUAGCUGAAAACAACCAAUGCAAGUCUCCAAAGUCAGAUCAGAUGGUGAAAAAAAAAUGCAAUGGUCAAAACGUUUGUGAACUCGAAGCGUCCAAUGAAGCAUUUGGAAAUCCUUGUGGAAAGACACACAAGUACCUUCAAGUGGAUUAUCAUUGUCAAGCAGGAAAAACCAUAAUAAAAAACGCGGAAGAAAUGGCUAAAAGUUUUUCAAUUUAAAAAUGAG